AUGAAGUACGCUGCUGUCGUCCUCGCCGCCCUUGCGGCCGCCGUCAACGCUGUCCAGUUCACCAACAGCGUUAUUGACCUGAGCCUGGCAAGCCUUUCGAGCUUACCUGACACCCUCGUCUCUGGUGCUACUGGCGACUCCGCUACCAUCACCCUUAACCCCGCCGACUAUCCCUCUGGCACCUACGCCUUCGAGAUUGUCGACUCCUCCGCCGUCCCCAACUACAGCGAGCAGUUCACCUUCCAGGGAACCGGUUCUGCUUCUCAGAUUCCCAGUGCCACUGGUUCGACCGCCCGCCCUACCACCACUGCUCCGACCACCAGCUCUGAGACCUCAAGCGAGGCCAGCUCUGAGACCGACUCUACGACCCAGACUUCUUCCAAGACCACCACUGCCCGCCCUACUAAGACCACUUCCACCGACGACGAGGAGGAGACCUCCGUUCCUGGCGCCGCCGGCCGCGUUGCCUCCCCUCUUGCGCUGGUCCUUGUCACCGUCGCCGCCAUGUUCUACUUGAACUAA